GAAGCUUCGUCCGUUUGGCACGUGUCUGCAACAGACCUGUUCGUGUACUCGCUUAGGUAUCGGCCGGUAGCGGAAUAUACCGAAGAAUGCCGAAGCGGUGCCGACCGGUCUGCGUCGGGAAGGAAGGUCGCGCCAUUUCUCUCGCGUACGUCGAAGUGACAAGACGUGUUAUGAGCAUCCUUCCGCAUAAUAGAUAUUUUCUUGAUACUGAAAAGAUGCCAUGCGAUACGAUGCCAUGGUACUUGAUAUUGAUGAAUUUUUGAAUUUUGCCGAGUUCCUGAAUACCCUGAUGACUGGGCCGAUGAUUUCCUUCACGACUUCCAUCUUCUCCUAUAAGGCAACCUCCUACCUAGUUAUUGUGCAAUCUCCUACCUGGUUCUUGUGCAUCUUCCUUCUUGACUGUCGGAAGAAGAGUAUAUCUGCGAACGUUUUGCUGACCACUAUUAGAUGGGAUUGGUGGCCCAUUUUCAAAGUGUGCACUGAUAUAAAAUUAAAAAAAAAAGAUACAUACACGCGCGAUCAAAUCAGGUUUCCACAAGGAAAAUGGCAAUAUAGGGGAAGAAGGAAUACUCAAAAUCUCUAUUUUGACAAUGAUGCAUCGCGUCAGGAUCUGUCAGUCGGAGAUCGGAAAAUGCGUUAUCCAGGGAACAGAUCGAAGCUGAACGUGUUUUCGACGUUGCUUAUGGGAUUCCAGCUACCAGUCCAGGAUGAAGCCUGCCUCGUCUGGUGCCUGAAGAUAAGCGUACAAACCUUUCUCGAAACAUGAUUCUCUUCGAACACCAUCGAAUUAACGUGUCCAGCUUCAUGAAG